AUGAGAGACCUUAGAUCGAACAACAACAUUCUUGGAAGUUCGACUCUACUUAUUGCACAUCUCCAACAAACUGUGCCUGUUAUAGUCAACAGAACACCCGCCGAUGUACUUCAUGUCCAAUCGCAAGUCCAAUCGAAACAUCUCACCGUCAAUAUGAGAUCACUACUACACACUGGUCAGCCUACAACCCAAUUUUCGGAAUUGCUCCUUAGAAUCAGCAAUGGACAAAUUACGACAACGUAUGUACCGACGACAAUCGACACUAACUCCAUUAGCCACACUGUCUCCAGCCCCAAUAACUUAUGUUCUGCCGUUUAUCCAAAUCUUACAACGGCAUACACAAAAUCAAAUUGGCUCCACGACAAAUGCAGCUACCUUACUCAGUCAGCUACCUUCUCAAGAACGUUGUUACAGAUCAGUGGUCACCGUUACCGACCUCGAUCAAGCUUCACACUUUUCAACAAAAUUUCGCAACUCCAUCCCCAUAAAAUUCACUUAAAAGUCGGUUACCCUAUCAUAUUCCUACGCAAUCUAAACGCACCCAUACUACGCAAUGGAACACGCCUUGUGGACAAACAAAUGAUGGACCACGUCAUUGAAGCCCAAAUUAUCAUGGGACACGGCAAAAACGAUACCGUUUUCAUUCCGGAAAUCCCGCUAACACCAGCAGACUGCUCCUACGCUAUACAGAGACUUCAGUUCCCUCUCAAACUCAGUUUAAUCAUGACAAUUAACAAAGUACAAGGUCAGUCGCUGAAAGUUGUCGGAUUGGACCUUCGAACGUCGUGCUUUUCACAUGGACAGGUCUAUGUCGGUUGUACUAGAGUUGGCCAUCCAGAGAACUUAUUCAUCUAUGCUCCCGAAGGAAAAACUAAAAAUGUAGUCUAUGAAGCAGCCCUAGAGUAG